AUGCACGCGCGCGCGGCGAUCGUUUCGGCGUCGGCGUCGAUCGCGAGGGGAACUGAAUCGUCCCAUUCCGAACCAUUCGUCCCGAGCGCGCGCGUCGUCGACGAGAACGCGCACGCGGAACUGAGAUGCGCGGGAAAGACGUCUCGAGAAGAGCUUUCUCCAUCGCAGCGCGCUCGGGCCUUAGCGGGGAUAAUGGACGCGGCGUCGGCGCUCGGGACGCGCGCGCCGCUGUCGCCGCUGGGCAACGGAACGACGCCGCUGCGCCGGGCGCGAUCGCUCAUGGCCGAGGCGGCGACGACUUCGGCGGCGAAUGGACUGAAACAGAUUAGGGCAUCGCGCGCGAAUCGCGCGUCGUCCGCGGGCGCGCGUGACGCGGAAGAGAACUUGGACGCGCUCGAGGACGAAGCGCCGCGACGCGCCGCGAGCGACGCUGCUAGCGUGGCGUCGGCGAGCGCCCUUGACGCGGCGAACGCGAUCGCGAAAUAUGCCGAUCGCGAGCGGCAGCUCGUGGCGUUCAUGAAGGAGAUGGCUUCGAGCGCUGACGCUCGAUUGAACGACGCGCUCGACGCGUUGAGCGCGAGCGAGGCGCAGCGCGAGGAAGAGCUCGCGGCGAUGGCGCUCGCCGCGGACGCCGAGCGCGAGGCGUUGGAGUUUUCCAUACUUCUCGAAAAUAAGGCGCGCGUGAAAGAGCGCGAGCGCGUGGUCGAGCUCGAGACUUUGCUCGCUCUGAAGCAGCGCGAGAUUGACGCGCUCGCCGCCGAGCGCGGCGGCGCCCGGCCGAGCGCCGCCGCCGUUCGGUACGCCGCGAACGUGCGCGACGAAGUCAAAGCCAUCUUACGAGCAGAGUUUAAGCGCGAGCUCGCGGACGAGCUCCUGAAGUAG